UUUCAAUAUUUAAGAGCGAAGGCAAUCGCGAGAGAUUGAGAAUUUAUCCUCCGUGGGUGAAUAUAAGGUGUUGAUGGCCGCGAAGGCAUUUCCUAUGGUUGGAGAGGCGGCGAAUGUGAGCGGAAGUAGCGGGAGCGCCACCAGUAGUAGGGAGUAUCACCACCACGACCACAAUAAUAUCCUUCCGUUGCAUUCUUCUUCGGCUUCUCCUUCUCAUCUGGCGCUGCUUUGCGAUAACGCCAAGAUGGUGAGGAAGAGGGCGGCGUCGGAGAUGGAGCUGCAGAUCGGCGGCGGCGGCGGGGGAAUCGGGGAGCACGGCAGGUUUCUCCGGCGGGCGGCGGCGGCGGAGAUGAACGCGCCGCUCCUUGGGGAUUUGAGGGUUUGCGGGGGUAAUUUUGGCGGUGAUGAGAGUAAUGAUAAUGGUGGGGGGAAUAGCCACCACGUCGUCGUCAACAACUACUCCACUAUGCAGAUAGCGCCACCGCCCAGCUCCACCAAUUUGAGCGUGACGUCAACGUCCAACGCCACGCACUUGACUUACAUGGAGCCGUUACCGUUACCGUUACCGUUACCGAAUCCACCGCCGAAUGAAGCGCAGCCGCUUCCGCUCUGUGUUUUCUCCGGUCUUCCGCUCUUCCCGGCUCCUACGAGAGGUAGAAACGCCGCCGGCGCGUUGCAGCCGCCGCCGCUCCCGGCGGCCGGCUGCGGUGGUAGUGCAAUUGGAGUUAACUCCUCCUCCGGCAUGGGGGACAACGGCACCGCGAUGGCGUGGAUCGACGGCAUCAUUAAGGAUCUAAUCCACACCUCCAAUCACGUCUCGAUCCCUCAGCUUAUCCAGAACGUGAGAGAAAUCAUCCACCCGUGUAACCCUAACCUCGCCGCCCUCCUCGAGUACCGCCUCCGCUCUCUCACCACCGCCGAUCCUCUCGCGGCCAACGUUUACGACGAUUGGAGACGAAAGGAAACACUACAACCUCAGAGCCAAGACGCCGCCAUUACUCAUCCCCUCCACCUUCCGGAUUCCAUGCCUCAUCCUUGGGAAAUAACUCUCCCUCCCGCCGCCGCAACCGCCUCAACUACCAGACACCACCACCACCAACAACAACAUCAGCUCCGUGACAAUUCUCCGUCAGUAACCGCCGGCCUGCCGUUUGUCCCGGCUCCGAGCUCAGAUCGUCAAGAGCAACAACAACAAGGGAGAAUGGAUCAUGAGAAGCAACCAGAAUCUCAAUCCCAGUCCCAAUCCCCGCCGCCGAGCGAGAGCACCGCCGCGGCCGCGGCGUUGAUUAGGACGGAAUCACUCAGAAGAGAAAAGGAUGAGCUGGAACAACAGAAGAAGGACGAAGAAGGCCUCCAUCUAUUAACCUUACUUCUACAAUGCGCGGAGGCCGUGGCGGCCGACAACCUAGACGAAGCAAACCGAAUGCUCCUCCAAGUCUCGGAGCUCUCAACCCCCUACGGAACCUCCGCGCAGCGAGUCGCGGCCUACUUCUCGGAAGCCAUGUCCGCCCGCCUCGUAAACUCAUGCUUAGGAAUCUACGCUUCGGCCCCCCUCAACGCCCUCCCUCACAGCCUCAACCAGAAAAUGGCCUCCGCCUUCCAGGUCUUCAACGGCAUCAGCCCCUUCGUCAAAUUCUCCCACUUCACAGCCAACCAAGCCAUCCAAGAAGCCUUCGAGCGAGAAGACCGAGUGCACAUCAUCGACCUCGACAUCAUGCAAGGCCUGCAAUGGCCAGGCCUGUUUCACAUCCUAGCUUCUCGACCCGGUGGGCCCCCCUUGGUCCGCCUAACCGGCCUAGGCACCUCCAUGGAAGCCCUCGAGGCUACCGGCAAACGCCUCUCGGAUUUCGCCCAGAAACUCGGAUUGCCGUUCGAAUUCUUCCCCGUCGCCGAUAAGGUCGGAAACUUAGAUCCUCAACGGCUUAACGUGAACAAGCGGGAAGCCGUCGCCGUUCACUGGUUACAGCAUUCUCUGUAUGACGUCACCGGCUCCGACACAAACACGCUUUGGCUCUUGCAAAGAUUGGCUCCAAAAGUGGUAACAGUAGUAGAGCAAGACCUGAGCCAUGCAGGAUCGUUUCUGGGGCGAUUUGUGGAGGCCAUACACUACUACUCGGCGCUGUUCGACUCGCUGGGGGCGUGCUACGGCGAGGAGAGCGAGGAGCGGCACGCGGUGGAGCAGCAGCUACUGUCGAGGGAGAUUCGGAACGUGCUGGCGGUGGGGGGGCCGUCGAGGAGCGGCGAGGUGAAGUUCAACAACUGGAGGGAGAAGUUUCAGCAGUCGGGGUUCCGGGGGGUGUCUUUGGCCGGAAAUGCGGCGGCUCAGGCCACGCUACUGCUCGGAAUGUUUCAUUCCGAUGGGUAUACCUUGGCGGAGGAUAAUGGCGCCCUCAAGCUUGGUUGGAAGGAUCUCUGCUUGCUCACUGCUUCUGCAUGGAGGCCACCUCCCCUUGCACAAUAAAAUAAAAUUCAUAAUAAAUCACUGUUUUAACUGCUUUUAUAUUUAUUUUUUAUUUAUUUUUAGUUUUACUUACUAUGUGUAAUCUUUUGAUCUUCUCUCUUUAUACGGUUGGAGACAUGUUUUUGACUAAAUUGUUUGCAGUAGUAAAAUUAUGUACCAA